UAUGCGUACGAGAAAGAGGAAGAGAAGAGAGAGAGCGUUGAAGUCCUUUCGCUUCACUCCUUAAAGGACAUAAAUAAUUUUAAGUGAUUUCUGGUCUUGCUAUUUAAUAAUACUAAUUGAACCAACUUUUGGAUAUAUAUAGGCUCUUCUUUCCACAAAACUCAUCAACUUACCUAGUUUUUUUUGCAGUAUUUUCUUUUUUUGUUUUGUUUUGGUAUGUCUCAGUCUCAAGCUUACUGUGUUAAGGAAAACAAGCCCUGCAAUGUGUGGGUUGAGAGAUAUUUCAAAGACUGUCUUUGCAAUCUAAAGGAUGAUUUGUCUUUUGGUUUUGGGUUAACUAGUCUUGUCUGCUGGGGAGUUGCAGAGAUCCCUCAAAUCAUCACCAACUUCAAAACCAAGUCCAGCCAUGGAGUUUCCCUUCUUUUUCUCCUCACUUGGGUUGUUGGUGAUGUGUUCAACCUUGUUGGAUGCCUUCUGGAACCUGCAACGUUGCCAACUCAGUUCUACACUGCUCUGCUCUAUACAGCGAGUACUGUGGUUCUAGUACUUGAAAGUAUAUACUAUGAUUAUAUCUAUAGGUGGUGGAAAUGUAGACGGAUCAAAGCUGACAACAUGGUUGAAGAUGAGAAAAAACCAUUGAAGGCUGGGAAACCUGGCUCAGGCAUUCCCAUUCCUAGGGCCUCACAAAAACCCAAUCCUCGCAGGGAGUAUUACUACAUGUCGGCUAGAUCUUUGGCUGGCAGUGGCACUCCACCUAUCCGAACAUAUAUGAGAGCAGCUAAAAGUGGCCCUUCAGCUAUGGAACUCGACAGUGGUUCCUCCUCAGAAGAUGAAUCAGCUCAUGUUUCAUCCAAAAAGUCCGCCACUCAACCUAGGCCAAUCCCAAGAUCCGUUGCAAAUUAUGGUACAUUUCUAGCUGCCUCAAUCAACUUGCCUUUAGGAAGUAAGGCAUGGAUGGAAGCAAGAUCUGGCUUUACCAGUCGAAGACUAUUACAUGAACACAGUAUGAGCCACAGCACCUUUGGGCAGUGGCUGGGAUGGCUAAUGGCCGCCAUAUACAUGGGCGGCCGAAUCCCUCAGAUAUGGUUAAAUAUCAAAAGAGGCAGUGUUGAGGGCUUGAAUCCUCUCAUGUUCAUCUUUGCACUGAUAGCUAAUGCUACAUAUGUGGCAAGUAUUCUAGUGAGAACCAGUGAAUGGGAAAACAUUAAGCCUAACAUGCCAUGGCUGCUGGAUGCUGCAAUUUGCGUGGCACUCGACUUAGUUAUCAUAUUACAGUAUAUGUAUUACUCCUUUUUCAGAGAGACAGUUAACAGUGAUGCAGAAGAUUAUGGGGAUCACAUGGAUGCAAGUAAAAGAAUCUAAAUGACUGAAAUCUUUAGGGGACAAGUUGCUGUUUGUAUCUCGCUAGUAUGGUGGUAGUAGUAGUAGUAGUAGUAGUAGUAGUAGUAGUAGUAGUAGUAGUAUAAGCUUCUCUUUCUGUAGGAAGAUCACUUCAAUCAACAAACUGAACUUGUAAUUUUUAUUAACUGGUGUGCUUGGUUGGUUCUCAAGUGCUCCACCUAUGGAAAAUUUUAUGUAACAUAUUAUCCGUUUCAAUCCGAAAAUCUCAAGGCUUUGUCCCACAAAAGGCAGCCUACACUA